AGAGCAAGAGGACCUCCCGAACCCUCCACCGUAGUCGCCACGGCCGCGGGACUUAGAGAGAAAAGGCAAAGAGCGAAGCGAGGCAGGAAGCACCGGGGGAUCCAGACACGCGGGGAGCCCAGAGUGGCAGUUUUACCUUCGAUGAAUUAAUUAGUCGCGCCUCCCAUCCUGAGUUUCACCGUCUGAUCUGUUGUUCCUUAAGUAACUCGUGUUUCUUACGGGCCAGUGCUGCAGUUGCUAAACCGGAGGCGCUCGGUUUGAGCUCGGGUUUUGUUGAGAUUAUUUGGUGGCGGUCUAUUACUUAUAACUGAAAUAGUGUACCUGUUUAGCGAACGCUGCCUAUUGAACUAAAAAAAAUUUGGGGGGGGGGGGUGAGGCGACCAGAUUUCAAACUUUUAACUCCUUCCCCUACCCUUCCAUCCCUUUGCUCCAUCAUUUAAGUUGCCCCGAGCCCUCUUUCGAUUUGAGGCAUCAAGAGAGCGGAUUUUUGCCUCUGGUCCAGUUGCGAUUGAGCGUUUGGGACUCCACAAUCGGCCUCAUCCACGCGCGCCCACUUGUCGGUUAGAUCCACGGCGCCUUCGCCUCCACCUCACUUCUGUCCUAAAACAGGAUCCGACUAGCCCACUCGGGAACAGCUGGAACAUGAUAGCUUCGCAUCUGCUCGCUUACUUCUUCACGGAACUCAACCAUGACCAAGUGCAGAAGGUCGAUCAGUAUCUCUAUCACAUGCGUCUCUCAGAUGACACUCUGCAGGAGGUUUCCAAACGGUUCCGAAAGGAGAUGGAGAAAGGGCUUGGGGCUGCCAGCCACCCCACAGCGUCUGUGAAAAUGCUGCCCACAUUUGUGAGAUCUACUCCCGAUGGAACAGAAGAUGGAGACUUCCUUGCUCUGGACCUUGGAGGAACCAACUUCCGUGUGCUGCGAGUGAGAGUAACAGACAAUGGCCUCCAGAAAGUAGAAAUGGAGAACCAGAUCUAUGCCAUUCCAGAGGACAUCAUGCGUGGCAGUGGGACCCAGCUGUUUGACCAUAUUGCUGAAUGCCUGGCCAACUUCAUGGACAAGCUACAGAUCAAGAAUAAGAAACUCCCUUUGGGAUUUACCUUCUCAUUCCCAUGCCAUCAGACCAAGCUGGAUGAGAGUUACCUGGUUUCCUGGACUAAAGGGUUCAAAUCCAGUGGUGUGGAAGGAAGAGAUGUGGUGUCCCUGAUCCGGAAAGCCAUCCAAAGGCGAGGGGACUUUGACAUUGAUAUUGUGGCUGUGGUAAACGACACUGUGGGUACCAUGAUGACCUGUGGUUAUGAUGAUCAGAACUGUGAGAUCGGCCUCAUUGUGGGGACUGGCACCAAUGCCUGCUACAUGGAGGAGAUGAGGUACAUUGACACAGUGGAAGGAGAUGAAGGGAGGAUGUGCAUCAACAUGGAAUGGGGCGCCUUUGGAGAUGAUGGAGUACUCGAUGAUAUCCGCACAGAAUUUGACAGGGAGAUUGACAUGGGCUCACUCAAUCCGGGCAAGCAACUAUUUGAGAAGAUGAUCAGCGGCAUGUACAUGGGGGAACUCGUCAGACUCAUCCUGGUGAAGAUGGCCAAGGAGGAAAUGCUGUUUGGUGGGAAACUGAGUCCUGAGCUCCUCACCACAGGCCGCUUUGAGACCAAAGAUGUCUCUGAUAUUGAAGGGGAAAAAGAUGGCAUCAAGAAAGCCCUCGAGGUUCUGACCAGGUUAGGCUUGCAGCCAUCCCAGGAGGACUGUGUGGCCACACAUCGCGUCUGCCAAAUUGUAUCUACCCGCUCAGCCAACCUGUGUGCAGCCACUCUGGCUGCUGUCCUUCGACGCCUCAAGGAGAAUAAAGGCGAGGACCGGCUACGUUCCACCAUUGGAGUAGAUGGCUCUGUCUACAAGAAGCAUCCACAUUUUGCCAAACGUCUUCACAAGACUGUCCGACGUCUGGUGCCAGAUUGUGAUGUCCGAUUCCUCCGCUCAGAAGAUGGAAGUGGCAAAGGGGCUGCCAUGGUGACAGCUGUAGCAUACCGUCUAGCAGACCAACACCGGGCUCGACAGAAGACCCUGGAAGCUCUAAAGCUGAGCCAUGAACAGCUGUUGGAAGUGAAGAAGAGGAUGAAAAAGGAGAUGGAGCGUGGCUUGGGCAAAGAGACACAUGCUGCUGCUUCUGUCAAGAUGCUGCCAACUUAUGUGUGUGCAACCCCUGAUGGUACAGAGAAAGGUGAUUUCCUGGCCCUCGACCUUGGCGGGACAAAUUUCCGCGUGCUGCUGGUGCGCGUACGGAAUGGGAUGAGACGAGGUGUAGAGAUGCAUAACAAGAUCUAUGCCAUUCCUCAGGAGGUUAUGCAUGGCACCGGGGACGAGCUCUUCGAUCACAUUGUCCAGUGCAUCGCGGACUUCCUGGAAUACAUGGGAAUGAAAGGGGUGUCUCUGCCUUUGGGCUUCACCUUCUCUUUCCCCUGCCAACAGAAUAGCCUGGAUGAGAGCAUUCUCCUGAAAUGGACAAAGGGCUUCAAAGCAACUGGCUGUGAGGGAGAGGAUGUGGUCAGCCUACUGAAGGAAGCUAUUCAUCGGCGAGAGGAAUUUGAUCUCGAUGUUGUCGCUGUUGUGAAUGACACUGUGGGAACCAUGAUGACUUGUGGCUAUGAAGACCCUCACUGUGAAGUAGGACUCAUAGUUGGUACUGGUAGUAACGCCUGUUACAUGGAGGAGAUGCGCAAUGUGGAGCUGGUGGAAGGAGAUGAGGGGCGGAUGUGUGUCAACAUGGAGUGGGGUGCUUUUGGGGAUAAUGGCUGCUUGGAUGAUAUCCAGACUGAGUUUGACUUGGCUGUAGAUGAACUUUCACUCAACCCAGGAAAACAGAGGUUUGAGAAGAUGAUCAGUGGCAUGUACUUGGGGGAGAUCGUCCGCAACAUCCUCAUCAACUUCACCAAGCGUGGUCUGCUCUUCCGUGGGCGCAUCUCAGAACGCCUGAAGACAAGGGGGAUAUUUGAAACCAAAUUCUUGUCUCAGAUUGAGAGCGACUGCCUGGCCUUGCUUCAAGUCCGGGCCAUUCUGCGUCACCUGGGACUGGAGAGCACCUGUGAUGAUAGUAUCAUCGUCAAAGAGGUCUGCACCGUGGUGGCAAGAAGGGCAGCCCAGCUCUGUGGUGCAGGCAUGGCAGCUGUAGUGGACAAAAUACGGGAGAACCGCCAGCUGGAUUCGCUCAAAAUCACCGUGGGUGUCGAUGGGACUCUGUACAAGCUACAUCCUCACUUUGCAAAAGUCAUGCAUGAGACAGUGAAGGAACUGGCUCCAAAGUGUGAUGUUUCUUUCUUGGAGUCCGAGGAUGGCAGUGGGAAGGGAGCUGCUCUCAUCACUGCUGUGGCCUGCCGGAUCCGAGAUGCUGGCCAGCGAUAGAGAAAUAACUGAGCCCAGGGAAGAAGUGGCAGGGGCUUUCUUGGCCACCUCCUUUUUCCUUUUUUUUUUUUUUAAAGAAGAAAAAAAUCCUUUGGUAAAUUAUAAGUGAACUUGCACCAUGCUGAAUCUCCAUCCCCUUGUGUCACAGACAGACUCCCUUGCCUUUUUUUCUUUUUCUUUUUUUUUAAAUUUAUAGGACAUCAUGGUCCUGAGUUUUGUCUUGAGUUCCUAUUGUAGAGUUUUGUUGAGUGCCUAGAAACCUGUACCCUCCGAGGCUAAGCCAAAUGUCAUGUGGCUAAAUUCACAAAUCCAGUCAGUUUCCAUCUUUUCCCUCAGCUGCCAGUAACCUAUUUGUCUUUAUUAACCUCUUCACAAUAUAGUGAUAUGGAGUAAGAUUAAUGCUUAGUGCCCCUUGAGGGCUCCAGGAUUCCUCUCCAGUCUGCGUGCAGUGCGUGUCCUUAGGGUCCUUUACAAUUGCAUGUUUGACAGUGUUGUGUCACCUUUUAGUGGAGGCUGUUAGCCCCUACAUCUUAGAAGUAGCAAAAGCUAGGGGAGAUGGAUCCCUACCUCAACCCAGGCCUAAGGCGGGAGACAUCCGUGUGGCCCGAGGUGCAGCAGACCCUUGACAAAAUCCUGGGCAUCUACAGAAAAAUGGAAAGGAGGACUGGCUUUGAAUUAGAGUGAAUUGGAGGCCCAGCCGUACUGCCUCUCCUGGUUCUGCACACUCAGCUGCCCGCAAGCCAUGAGCCUGUUUGCUGGUUUCCCUUCCCCUUUCUCUAGAAGUGAAAAUACUGUAUUUUCCAACUAUGUUUGUAGAGCAAGGUUUAUUUAGUCUGUGAAGUCAGUCUGCACCUUCAUCCUGAUAUUGUAGGUAAUUCAUGAAAUGUAUGUGUUGUAUUUAUAUAGUUUAUUUUUUGUACAUAGUCACAAAAACUGGUCAGACUGUCUGUGGGAAUAAAGUUUUGUAGUUCAAAGACAGGCAAAGUUACUGAGCUCCUUGGGGAUGGUUUCUUAAUGUGUUGUGAGGAGAGGGGGGUGCUUGAAGGUAGUGACACAGUGACUGUUUCUUAGCUUGUCUUGUCUCCUCCCUAUCUCCUUUCUUGGGGUGGUGUGGAGUAGCUGGGCGUGGGGUGGGGACACUGGUAGCAAACACACUGCCACAGUAAGUGGCUGUCUUGUCUUCUUUCCUGGGUGAGCCAAACCACAGCAUGGAGCUUGAUCUCAGUGCUUCAGCUGUGGAUGCUUAGAUGGACCUCUCAUCUCACUGCCAUGGGCCCUGUCUUAACUGGUACAGCUCACAGCCACAUAGGGAGAUAUUCAGUCUGCACUUGACAUCCAGCUGAGAAGAAAAAGGGCCAAAGGGAAGGGAAGCCAUUUCAACUAGACUCAUCUCCCAGGGUCCCAACUCCCAAUGGUUUUCUUUGUGCAGUCAGCAGAAGGGACCUGUCAUGCAUAGCUCUUGGGAAGAUAGGUCCAGAGGCACGUUUCAGUUUUAAAAUAUGACCAAUCACUGGUUGAUACAAAAACAUUUAAAAAAACCCACACCCAAAUCUUUGGGGGCAACCAGUUGGACUGUUGGCUGCCAGCAAGUGGUAUUUGAGCUUUAUUUUGUAACUCUAUGACAUGAGAUGGUGUCUGAACCACUGUGUGUGGGCCCCAUCAGUCCGGUGUCCAUUGGUACUUUUGUAUGUUUUUAUAAAGUCUUUGUUUCAAGCUGCUGGGCACAAUGAGGGUGCCAAGAGAUGCUGCUCUGUGUGCUUUGCAUUGCAAGAGCACAAAUCUGGAAGCCUGUUUUCGGGGGGAAUCUCUGAAAUGCUUAUUUUUUUUAUAAGCUGAAACUAUACAUAAUAGAGAAUGACCUUGAGAAAAUGCAACUUAAGUAUAUAGGAGAAUCUUAGUAGUGUAAUUUCAGAAAAAAACUAAUUUAGUGUAAUUUUAGAUGAUUUUAAAUUAACAAAAUUAAAAUAUAGUGGGGUGGGGUAAUAGAACAUAGAACCUUGGAGCUGAAAGGGAAUGUUAGCAUUUAGAAGUUAGAAUGCUAGACCUGGAAGAGAUCUUAAAGUCACUAAGUGUAGCCAGCCCCUUUAUUUUAGAGAAAACGGGCCCAAUGAAAAGGGGGGAAAUGAACUGCCCAAAGUCAUGAAACAGAUUUAGUGGCAGAACCAGGACUAGAAACCAGGUCUUUUCACUCCUGAUCUUCCCACUCUUGUAGGCUGCCUCCUGAGUGAACCAACCAGAAAAUUACCUAUGUUGUGGUUGUUUACAGUAGAAAAGCUAUUAUAGCAAGGCCGUUAAAGUGACCAGAUAGCUUUGUUUGGCCAAGAUAGGAUGGUUUUGAUGACUUUUACUGGGUGGAUAGAUAUCCAGGGAAAAGCCCCAGGUGAGCUCAGAAGGGCAACUGCAUAUGAUUUUUGACCAACUGUGAAGAGUGUUCUUCGGCUUUGUGAAUUGUCGUAGCUAAUCUCAGUCUAGUGUUCCACCAGGGAAAAGGCACAGUUCGAGGGAUUCCCAAAUCACUGUUACAUCAGGAGUCCUUACUCAAGUGCUGUGCUGGGACAGAGAUGCAAAGAUAAUCUAACACUGUGUCCCUGCCCAUAAGAUACUGAAAACCAUUGACUCUUUCAUGGCCUGGAAGCUGUGGAGAAGGGAGAGGGGCUGACUUCCAUUGCAUCCCCAGCUCCAUCCUAUCUGCUUCUAGUCUGGUCUGUUGGGCUCUCCAUCAUGCAUUGAAAUUGGAUCAUCUAAUAUAAACCUAAAAAAGAUUAUUCUGUCUUGUUCCUUAUAAAGAAGACUACUCAAAGGAGAGAUUCUGUAUUGGUACAAAUGUAGGCCCACUUUCCCCUUGGUGUUACUUUUUAGUAUAUACCUAUGGAUUUGUUGCUUUUUAAAAAAAAAAAUUCAUCUUAAGGGUGUGACCUGUAUUUGGAGGUUGAGGGAGAAGACCAGCCUAUAUUCAGACCAAUGUGAUAUAAGUUUCUUUUUUAAAACUUGAAAACUAGGGAUCAUUUAUAAAUUAUUAUUUUAAGGGACAAAAAAAACCAGUCCACUGUGGAUUGCCUAAAUCAUCAUUGAAGAGCGAAAUUGUGUCCUUAAAUACAAGACCUUGGAAAGGUGCUCAAGUUUUAAGGAGGUUAUUUCCUGGUUCCAGCGGACGGCCUGCAUUAAUAUAGCUUUGCUGAUAGAGCUACAAUGAAUUCUGUUUGAAUGAAGUAUUCUGUGUAACAGAUGUGAUCCCAAGGCCCUGUCUGUGUCACAGUUUAACCCAGGGAAGAUGUCCUCUGUAUAAUAACUAUUUAAAACUACUUGUACAUGUUAAGUAUUCUUAAUAAAAUUUUGAAAAUAUUC